GAUAAAAUUUCAGUUGCAUACGCUGGAAAACAAAACUCCAUUCCUUCCUUCCUUUUAGGUUUCGAUUUUAGUAUGGCGGCGGAAAGUUUACAGAAAAUCGGAUUAUAUUUUGAUGACUUAAACAAAAUUCGAGUAUUAGAUCCUGAAGCAAGCCAAAAAACUACUGCUCUUAAAGAAGAAUGCAGAGAAUACGAAAGCAAAAUAACGGAAUUUCAAAGAGUAGUUGAUGGAUUCCUUCAAAUAGCAGAAAGUUUAUCAGCUGAAGUUGAAAAGGAAAAGCUUAAAGCAAUUGGCUCAAGAAAUUUACUCAAGUCAAUAACAAAGCAAAGAGAAGCGCAGCAGCAACAACUUCAAGCUUUGAUCAUUGAAAAAAAAUUACAACUUGAACGGUUAAAGGUUCAGCAUGAAUCACUUAAAAAAGAAGAAAUGGAACAAAAUGAGUUGAUUGAACAGUUUUUACUUCAAAAAUAAGACAUACAUGUAUCAUUUCCUUUUACUACAGUAAUUUUCAUUGUUUGACACAUGUAAAUAUAACAUAAUCAGAUUAUGACUAGUACACAUUAUUGCACAUUGAAAUAUUGUAUUUAUUUA